AUGAACGGAGAAAGAUACGAGAGAGAUAGAUUUCAGUCAAGAAGAGUAGAAAUGCAAAGCAGGAAUGAGCCAAACCAUGUUUAUCAGCAUUCGCUUACAGAAAGAUACAGAAAUGUGGAGGAUGUUUAUAAUUCUCCAGAUCGUGAGUGUGAAUUUUCCCCAAGCCUGAACUAUUCUUUCAGUGAAGAGAGGUCUAAUAGAUACGAAGACAAUACAUAUCCUAUCCCUGUCCAGCUAAAUACAAAAUUUAUGACUCCUGAGCGCGAGCAUAAAGAAUUUGAUAUAAAAGAUGAAUGGGAUGAACUAGAAGAAAGGAUUAAGAGACUAAAAGAAAAGGUCACUACUCCAAUAAGGCCGAAAGAAACACCUAGAACGCCAGAAACGUCUCAAACAACUUCAUCAUCUUUAAAAAAAUCAGAAAGCCUAAAGGCAAAUAAUUUAUACUCAAAAUACAACACACUUUCCCCUUAUGCUAAAUCUACGUUCAGCCAUGAUGUCAGGACAAUGGAAAACAAGAAAUACACCUAUAAGCAAGUUCAAAGUCCAAAGCCUUCAAGCAGAAAAUCGUCACUUUCUAGAGAAUCCCAGUACCUUGAAAACUUCCCUCUUGAAGAAAAGUACAUAAAAGGAUUAAUUGAAAUUGUAAAGCGACACUGCAAAGGAUGCUAUAGUUUCAAGCAAGAAAUCAUUCGAUAUAAUCGAAGCUAUAUGUCAAAUAAUGAGGAUUAA